UCACCGUUAUAAUCCCAGCUCUCAUGAAUAUCAAUUAUAUAGCAAUAAUUUAAUCCUAAUUUAACGAUAUUUGAUUUUUGUUUUAGCUGUUUACAUUAAGGCACCUAACUGGUUACCUAAAGGGUCCUUCUCUGUAACAUCAACAGUUAGGACCCUGAUUACAUGCACGAUUAGUACCAUGUGGAAAUGUGUCUACUAAAAGUGUUUAAAGUGUUUUAAAGUGGAUUAUUGUGUACUAAUGUGAUAUUUUAUGUCACUUUAUAAUAUUGUUUGACACUGUUUCCUGUUAUAAGUUAUCAGAACAUGCUUCAAUCUGCAAAAUGAGCUCUGAGGUUUGCCCGUUCUGCGGGAAAACUUACAAAAGGUUGAAGAGUCACCUGCCACAUUGCAAGGCAGCAGCAAGCUCCAAAACACCUCCGACCAAACACGAUGUCACCGUGAAUGAGACGACGACGUCGUCUUCUCAGCUGGAGGCAGCCUCGUCCGAACCGACGGCCACACAGACACCGUCAAUGACGGCACAAUCAAAGAAGAGUAAAAAGAUGGCUGAGGUGUCAUUUGCACCACCGAAUGCAUCAUCACCUUUGUCAGAGUCAUCGUCUCUGAGUCCUGCAUCACUUCCACCAUCAUCUAAGAAGAAGAAGAAACAGAAGCUGUCCGAGCAAAUCAAGACAGCCAACGUUUCCCUCGCCUCCUCCUCAUCGCUACCUCCGUCUCCCACCAUCUCUAAGCCCGGAAAGCAGAGUCUCCGUGUUUUGAUAGAAGCUGCAAAUCAGGUUUCUAAUAAAGGAUCACUGGAGGGAGCCAGAUCUGCCUCGUCGGAGGCCCUGCCUUCAGCUUCAACUCUAUUUGUGGCAGAUCCUCUGAGCUCCAGAACCACAGCUGAGACCAAAACUAAUCCUGACAAAAUAGACUCAAUAAAAGACGACGCCCAUCCUGCCGUUCUGUCCACCAAAACCAAAGCUGCCUCUAAAAUGAAGGUGUCAAAGACGAAGAAGGCUGCACAAUCACUUCAAGACACCUCUAGCUCUCCGGACUCUAGAGUAAAUGAAAGUAGACGCCGUGUAAGAGACGAUUUCUGGGUGGACAACGAGGGGGAAGUUGAGGAUUUAUCUGUGAAUAAGAUGCUUAUGAAAUCAGGAAGUGGUCACCAGGGCAGGAUCACUCUCCAGGAUGUCAAAGCCACGUUAGGCCGAGCUAACGCCGCCCGUAAGUCCGGCCGACCGAGCAUCCUGAGCCAGAUUGAAACUACUGAGUAUCUAAGCAGCAACAUCAGUCCAGUUCUGCUCCCAGCGGGGUAUAAAGGUGUUGAUAGCUGCUUGGUAACAACUAAAACUGUGUCAGACCAGCUGCAAUCAUUUAAGAGAAAACAAGCAUCUUUAAUCCCCCUUCAGCAGCUUGAACUAGCUUCCCCUGGAGCUCCCCUCCACCUUUCUGAGGUGAGCAAAGCCACAUCCCCUCCACAUAACACCCGCAGCAUGACCGAGGGGCUCAAGAUGACAGGACUCCUCGCCAUAUCACCGUCACUCACUAAGUUUUCCAGCCCUCUGCCGGCAGCGGGGGUGGGGACGUUGAGAGCUGAUGACGGGUUGAAGUCGCAGCUCGAGGUCUGGAAACAAAACACGGCUGAUAAAGGAGCUAAAGGUGCUCUGACACAGCGGAGUCUUGGACAGGUGAGACUGAGGGAGCUACCUGAGUGGCUGGCCUGCAAAACCCCCGGCCACCCGAGAGAUGUGGUGGACAUGGUGCAAAGAGGCUGGCGGUGGUAUUACAGGAGGUACAUCAACGUGAGGAAAGGUGGUGUAGGUGGACCGGGCAUGUUGUUAGCAGGAUACUGUGUGCUCAGCUACAUCUGGAGUUACCCUCAUAUAAAGCGUGAUCGCUGGAGGAAGUACCACUAAUGUCAAGCGUGACUCUGUAUGAGGAAACAGCAGCUGUGGGUUCAGGACUUAAAUGCAUCUGUUCUUUUAAUAAUAUAUAAUUAAUCCAGAUCGGUGCUUGAAGUGG